UCCCACUUGCGAUCAAAGUAAAGCCUAUCGCUGAUUCAACUAUUUCUCCCCUAUCUCGUCCACCUCCCACCCCCUCUGCGGCGAUUCUGACCUCGGUUCUCCGUCGCCGCCGACAAACUCCUCACCCACCACAAGAAAUUAAAGGUAGCCUUCUCAUCACCGCACUUUCCCGUGAACAAGAUAUUCUUUCCUUUGUUAAACUAACUCCCAAAACCCACCCUUGUUUCUUCUUCUCCCGAGCUCGACCCGAUUCGGGCGCCAUUUUCGGCAGAUGCCAGUUCAACGCAGAUUAGAGUCGACGUUGAGAGGCGGAGGCCAUGUCGGGACUACUAGCAUGGGCGGCAGUCGGCAGACAUGGUAGGCGGUCACAUAAGCGUUCACGGCGACGAAGUCGACAACAUCCUGAGUCUCUUAACGGAAGAGUUGCAGAAGUAUGUUCGAGAAUUGGAUUGGAAGGCGACUUCUCUCACCCGUGCGAUCCAAGAUUUACGGCAGAGGUUGCCUCCUGCCGAUAUCUCCCAACGCCAGCCUCACCUUCUUGCCCACUCCCUCGCAUCCAAUGUUGCUCUGACGCUGCAGUUGAAUGGUCACUCUGCCACCAAAGAGCAUAUAAAAUUACGCGCAGUUUCAUGUAUUUUGAGAUCGACAUCGGAUCAGGGGUUCAUUUUGGAAUUGAAUUAAAGGAAUUGAAAUCAAUUUUAUGGAGUUAUUAGCGGCAAGAACUGUAAUUUUCAUUUGUCUGAUCUUUAUUUGAGAUGCCCGAUCAAUUUCUCGUUUUUUCGUCGAUAACGGUGGCGGAAUAAGAUCUGAGGGAGGAUGUUUGUUAGAGGCUAUAAAAAGGGUUUUUAAUUUUUUAAUGGUUGUAAAACUAAGGUGGAAAUUUUAAUAGAUUGAAUUUUAUUUUUUUUUAUAGUUUUUUAAUUGCCGCAUCACAUAUUUAACGGUCAACUAUAAGAAUUGAUUAUCACAUGGGCCAAAGUUAACGGAGUUUGACGAAAAAUGACCAAAUUUAAAAUGGAAUAACCAAACAUGAACCUUUUUAGUGAAGAACAGCUUUGCAAUAUACCCUUUAUGGUUCUCGAGCAAAACAAGAUGCAAUUAUUCAAAGAAAAAAAUACAAGAUUUGCAAUCUAUUGGCAAUCCCCUCCCAAGUCUCAAUCGAAAUUCUAAACAGAGACUCUAGUAUACAAAGCGGAAUCUUCUCAGAUAAGCAAGCACAGUCCCGGCAACCAUAUGGCACUACUCUUCUAGUCACCGAUCACCUUCCGGAGCCGCUCCCUCACAAAUUCGCUUCGAGCUUUAGCUCGGGCUCGUUGAGGCUCAACAUUCGCCAGAGACAAGUACGCACCAUACCCGAACAGCGAAGCCCCGGCCGCAAACAGCAAAACCGUCGCCACCACUUGCUUCCGCGUCGGCGGGUACGACCAAACCGCCAUCUCUCGCCCGCCGGAAUUAGCAGAACAAACACCAGAAAACAACAACCCUAAAAGGCUAGAACCUUCCUCUGCGGAAAAGUAGAGGGAUUUCAUCAGAUUAAGGGCCGAGGUCCCACAAAUCUUAUUUGGGCUGUUUCGAAGCCCAGACCAUCUCUUCGGCCCAUCACCAUUUUCCUCCACACGAAGUUUUGAAGUUCGCGGCUGGCUUCUGUUCCCUUCCUUCCCCGCCGGGACAGAGAUUGUUUCGUUCUUCGGCAGAUGUAUGCAAUGCAAUGUUGAAGUUCUCUUCCAGACCUUCAAUCCGUCUUCUGAUACAAUCCUGCAAAACCCUUCGCCACCUCCACCAGUUCCACGCUCACAUAAUUUCCAGAGGCCUCGAGCAAGACCAUUGGACCGUCUCCAACUUACUGAAGCUAUCGACGUCACUGUCGGCGUCUCUUUCCUACUCCACUUCUGUUUUCAACAGAGUGAUCGCUCCUUCCACCUUGCUCUACAACGUUCUGUUGAAACUCUAUUCGCGCAGUUCCCGCUCCAGGGAGGCGUUUCUGCUGUAUACGAGGAUGAAGAAGAGUGAUAGUGCGUCUCCAGAUGAGUACACUCUCUCUUCCCUUGUUACCUCGUGUUCGCGGGAAUGUAAGUUGAGAGAAGGUCGAAUUGUUCAUGGGUCGGCGAUUAGAUACGGGGUUGUGGUUGAUAUGUUCGUGGGUUCGGGUUUGGUUGACUUUUAUGGUAAAUGUACGGAGAUGGUUAGCGCAGCUAAAGUGUUUGAUGAAAUGCCCGAGCGAAACGUUGUGUGUUGGACAGCGCUGGUGGUUGGGUAUGCGAAUGCUGGGGAUAUGGGAAGUGCGAGGGAAGUGUUUGGCCGAAUGCCAGUGAGGAAUUCGGUUUCCUGGACUGCUAUGAUCAUUGGGUUGGUGAAAGCCGGAGACACUAUCGGUGCGAGAAAGUGGUUUGAUGAAAUGCCUCGAAAGACUGUUGUUGAUUAUACUGUUUUGAUUGAUGGAUAUGCCAAGGCCGGAGAUAUGGCUUCUGCAAUGGCAUUGUUUGAAUCUUCUCCGGAGAAAGAUAUUGUUGCAUGGUCAGCAUUGAUAUCGGGAUUUGCUCAAAACGGUAUGCCAAAGCAGGCUUUGGAAAUGUUUAGAGAAAUGGAGUCUGCGGGUGUUAUACCUGAUGAAUUCAUCAUGGUGAGCUUGAUGUCAGCUUGUGCGCAGAUAGGUAGCUUGGAUUUGGCAAAAUCAGUUGAUCAUUACCUGGCCAAGAGCUCGAUUGAUUCUUGUCAAGCUCAUGUAAUGGCUGCCCUUAUAGGCAUGAAUGCAAGGUCCGGAAACAUGGCUAGAGCAGAAGAAUUGUUCAACAGAAUGCCUCAGCACGACCUGAUUACAUACUGUUCUAUGAUAAAAGGAUAUUCUAUCGAUGGACGUGGUGAUCAAGCUAUUGAACUAUUCAAUAGGAUGCUAGAUGAGGGAUUGGUUCCGGAUGAAGUUGCCUUUACAGUGAUUUUGUCAGCCUGCAGUCGAGCUGGUCUUGUGGAAGAGGGUUGGGAUUUUUUUACUACUCUCACGGAUAAGUACUCCUUAGUCCCAACUCGUGACCACUAUGCAUGUAUGGUUGAUCUUCUGAGCAAGGCAGGGCGGCUAGAAGCUGCUUACGAGCUUCUAGUAUCGUCCCCUUUAGAGCCUUAUGCAUGUGCUUGGGGUGCACUUCUUGGAGCUUGUAAGCUUUAUGUUAAUCUUGAAUUGGGUGAGAAUGUUGCCACUAGACUAUUUGAGCUUGAACCGCAAAAUGCCGCUAAUUAUGUGCUGCUGUCUGACAUCUAUGCCGCAUCAGAUCGUUGGUUGGAUGUUUCUCUUCUUAGAGAAAAGAUGAAAGAGAGAGGGCUUAGAAAAAUACCGGGUUGCAGUUGGGUAUAGAAAUACCGGGUUGCAGUUGGGUAUAGAGCUUAAAUUGUGGAUUAUUGUUAUUGGCUUAAUGACAGCAUCUUCUUGCCUAGCAAAAAAUGGGAUGUACAUUGUGAUUAACUGUUCAAUUUUGGCGCUUCUGUUCCAAUUUGUGGUUCUGUUCAUAUGGAGGAAAUCCAGAGGAGGAACAACAAUUUUCAUGGGGAACCACUUCCUUCUGAAAGAAUCAAAUUUGGUGUUGAUUGGCUUUUGUUUCGUACCUAGUUGCUUGUGUAAUUUCAUGUACAUGGGGCUUCAAACAUAAUUGAUUAGGUUUUGUACCUAGUUGCUCAUGGCAUAUCUACUCCGCUGCUGCAUGAUAUCAAUUGAAGGUACCUGCUAGCUGAAAUGACUUUUUGUUCUCAUUGUCCUUAAACAAGAGUUUAAAGAUCAUCUGCAAAUAUUGCUUCCUUUGAGUUAUCCUGCCCUGUGGUUCGAACUGAUAUCAUUGUUUGCUGGAGAACAUUUCAGAUUUGAAGUCAGGAAAGCGGCUCCUUUCACUGUAUUAACGGAAACAGAGGGUGCCACAGGUAAGAGGCAUGAUCCUAUAAUGUUCCCGUUAACUUCUUUAGAUAGAUUCUCUUCACUUAAAGAUGGGGUGGACAUAUUUUUCUAAUGCCCGCUUACAUCAACAUUUAAGGUAGAGAAAGCUAUUAGUUUACUGUUUAACAACAGCAGGUACAUUUUAAGAC